UACCAUUCUUCCCAAGCAAGCUAAGCUACUUCAGUCUUUAGCACUCUCAGUAGCACUUUAACAUUCUCAGUUUUCUCUAAUCAACCAACCAACCAGACAUGGCUAAACUUGCAUAUGGCAUCGCAGUGAAGGUCCUGGAGCAACUUGGAUCCCGUACUUUCCAAGAGAUCAGCUCAGCAUGGGGCGUUCGAAGUGAUCUGAAAAAGCUUGAGCUCACUGUGGCCACCAUUAAAGCCGUACUCUUAGAUGCUGAGGAGAAGCAAGUAAGCGACCAUAGGCUGACGAUUUGGGUAGGGGAGCUCAAAGACGUUCUUAAUGAUGCCGAGAAUGUGAUGGAUGAAUUUCACUACCGAGUCCUGCAAAAGGAAGUCAUGAGGAGAUACGGGAGCACUAGCAAAAAGGUGUGUCAUUUCUUUUCUACUUCUAAUCCACUUGUAGUCCGUUUUGAAUUGGCGCAUAAAAUCAAGGGUAUUAGGAAGAGGGUUGAUGAUAUUGCAGCCCUUAAGGAUAAAUUCAACCUAGCCGAACGACUCGAGGAUAGGAAGAUCAUAAAUAUGCACCAGAGGAGGGACAUGACCCACUCCUUUGUUAAUCCUCUGAAUGUCAUCGGUAGGGAUGAUGACAAGGAAGAGAUCAUAUAUCUUUUUAUGGACCCAUUUGAAAAUGCUGGCAGAAAUGUCAAUGUAAUUCCUAUAGUUGGGAUUGGGGGUUUAGGGAAGACCACACUUGCCAGGUUGGUGUACAAUGAUGAACGGGUAGUUAGCCAUUUUCAAUUGAGGAUGUGGGUGUGUGUGCCUGAGGAUUUUAAUGUUACAAGGUUGAUAAAAGAAAUCCUUAAAUCUGCAAAAGUUACAAUUGAUGAAAACUUGGGUAUUGAUCAAUGGCAAACUAGCUUAAGAGAACUUUUAAAAGACAAGAAAUUUCUACUUGUCUUGGAUGAUGUUUGGAAUGAUGAUCGUAAUAAAUGGAUUGAAUUGGAAGAUUUGUUACUUGGAGGUUGUAAUGGAAGUAAAAUCAUAGUGACAACAAGGAAUGACUCGGUUGCUACCAUUAUGGGCACUACUCCCACAUACAAUUUGGAUGGCCUAUCGCAAGAGGAUUGUUUGUCUUUGUUUGUGACAUUGGCAUUUCAAGAAGGAGAAGAAAAACAAUAUCCAAACCUCUUAGAAAUUGGAAAAGAAAUUGUUGAAAAAUGUAAAGGGGUUCCAUUGGCUGUAAAGACUUUAGCUGGCCUACUUUAUUCAAAACUUGAUGAACGUGAGUGGAAAUUCAUUAGAGAUAAUGAGAUAUGGCAUUUAGAACAUAAUGAGGGUGACAUCUUACCCGCGUUGAGGCUCAGUUACAAUCAGUUGCCACUUCAUUUGAAGCAAUGCUUUGCCUAUUGUUCUCUUUUUCCAAAAGAUUAUGAAUUCUUUAGUAUUGAAUUGAUUCAAUUUUGGAUGGCACAUGGAGCUCUUCAAUCACAUGAAAAUAAAGAGCUUGAAGAUAUUGGUGACUUGUAUAUUAAGGAGUUGUUGUCAAGAUCUUUCUUUCAAGAUGUUAAUGAAGAUUUAUAUUACUAUUCAUUUGUAAUGCAUGAUCUUAUGCAUGAUCUUGCACUCUCAGUUGCACAAGGUGAGUGUCUAACCGUUACCAAGAAGUUUGUCAUUGAUGAAAAAGUUCGUCAUCUGUCAUUUGUAGACAAUGACCAAGAAUUUGUGACGCCCUUACAAAAGCUUAGUAGAGUGCAAACUAUUAUUUUCCAAAUUGAAUUACCAUUGUCCUUUGUUGAAGCAUGCAUCUCAAGAUUUGAAUACUUGCAUGUACUUGAUUUGAGUGAUUCAUCUUUUGAGGUGUUGUCAAGUUCUAUUGGCGCUCUAAAGCAUUUGAGAUAUCUUAGCCUAUCUUGUAAUUGGAAUCUCAAGAAACUUCCUAAUUCUAUUUGCAAGCUUUACAAUUUGCAAACUUUACUACUUGAUGGUUGCAUCAAUCUUGAACGGUUGCCCAAAGGUAUAAGGGACAUAAUCAGCCUCAGGUUUUUGGUUGUUACAACAAAGCAUACCUGCUUGUCGGAGAAGACAGUAGGUUGCUUGGAUUCUCUUAGGUAUUUGUUGAUAGGUGGAUGUGAGAAUCUAAAAUGUGUGUUUGAAGGGAUGGAGGGGCACCUCACCAAUCUUCGAACAUUGGUUGUUGCACAAUGUCCAAGUUUGACCUCUUUAUCACUCAGUAUCAAACACCUAACUGCCCUAAAGAACCUGCAAAUUGUGGAUUGUGAAGAGCUUAAUUUGAUGGAGAUGGAGGGAGAAGACAAUCAAUAUCUCAAGUUGAGCCUACAGAAUUUGAUAAUUUCGGGUUUACCUAAGUUGGAGGUUUUUCCCCAACAGCUCCAAGGAUCUGCAAACACUUUACGGCAGCUAUUGAUUCAAGAAUGUGAAAAUUUAAUUGCUUUGCCGAAGUGGCUGCCACGUCUGAAAUCGCUUCAGACACUUAUGAUUGACAAUUGCCCUAAGUUGUCAUCUCUAUCGGAGGUGAGGAAAGGUCCUACUUCACUAAGAAAAUUCAUAAUUACACGUUUAUCUAAGUUGGAGGUUUUGCCCCAAUGGCUACAAGGAUCUGCAAACACUUUACAGCUGCUAGGGAUUGGACAUUGUGAAAAUUUGAAGGCUUUGCCGGAGUGGCUACCACGUUUGAAAUCACUUCACACACUUCGGAUUGCCGAAUGCCCUAAGUUGUCAUCUCUACCGGAGGGGAUGGAAGCUCUCACUACACUAAGACUAUUGAAGAUCAGAGGUUGUCCUGAUUUGAGUAGAAAAUGCAGAGAAGAAGAUUCGCACAAGAUUGCUCAUGUACAACAGAUUUAUCUCGAAGGGACCUGGUUCACAAAAGAGAUGAAGAUGGCAUCAGCGAGCACUUCCUAGAAGAAGAAGAGAAGGGAGAUGAGGAGUUCAACAUAAGUGACAUCCAAUAGAAUUUGAACAUUGCUCAAUUCAAAGUCACAAGUUCCUUCCAUAAUUCAUAAAUAUUUCUUGAUUGCAAUUUAUAUGAUGUAAAUAAAAAAAUACUUCUGUUAUUUAGUUCACUUUUGAGUGAUGUAAAUAAAUAAAUAAUUCUGCUAUUUUAAUUUGCACUUACUGAUGUAAAUAAAUAAACAUAUAUGUCAUUGUAAUUCAAAGUAAGAGAUGUAAAUAAACAAAGAAGUGAUGUGUAUACUCACUUGACUACAUUCUUGUGUAUAAAGUUGAGAGUUCCAUUGAUUGGUUUA